AUGGACAACCGAAGAUGGCAGGACUUAGAAAUGGACUGCUUGGUGAAAGUGUUCGAGAAAGUUGGAAUGGAGUCAGUGCUUUUGGAUGUCCCUUUUGUGUGCAAGCCAUGGUACAAAGCAACCCUUAAUCCUUCAUGCUGGCAAUGUCUCAUAUUUCCAGACAACGAACGUACUGAGAUUUGGCCUUGGGAUGAUUUUGAAUGUCCUGAUUUUCAAAAUCUUAUGGACAGAUUUGCGAGUGAGUUUCAAAUUGAUGGGGAUCGUUUCUCUGUCACCACUUUUUUAAAGUUUGUGAUCAAUCGGAGCAGCAGAACUGCUGUUCCGCUUAAGCUUCCCAAAUGCUGCACAGUAGAGACCUUUGUAUUUGCUGCAAAUGUGUGUCCUGGCCUUGUGACUUUGGGUUUACCCCUAAGAUUAUUGGAGAGUGAACACAUGAACCCAGAGCUGAUUGGCAAGAGGAAAAAUUUGGAGGUGGUGUCAUUGGGUUCAAGCUUAAAUUUGGUGAUAAUACUUGCCCUUAUAAAAACACACUGCAAGAAUUUUUACGGUUUAGAUUUGUCCAUGACCUUAAUUCUUGAACGUGAGGCAUUGCCAAUUGUCAAGUUGGUGACUAAUAUCAAGUACUUAAACUUGAAAGGUGCAAUCGUUAGUCGGGAUAGCCUUGUCACAUUGCUGUGCGGCUGCAAAGAUGUUGUGGUGUUGGACGUCAGGGAUUGUAUUGGUUUUGAUGAGAACGAUGAUGAAAUAUUAACUAUUUGA